AUGCAGUAUGAGGAGAUACAGAGAAAGUUCAAGGACAAAGGGUACGGCGAUGAGGUGCCACAGAUUGUGUUUUGGAAAGCGAACAACAGUAUGCCUGCAUUUGCGCCUUAUGCACUGCAUGGGAUGAUGAUGAUGAACCGCUUCAACGACAAUUUGGUCAAGUCCUUCUUGGACAAUGACAGGAAAAUUGGCCCGGAUCAUGUCAUGGAAGCAGCCAUCUCUGACCCCAGAUAUCAAAAUAUAGUGGUUGUGGACUGA